UCAACAAAUCAGUGGAAUCCUUCAUGUUCUUUCUUCGAAAACAUUCGCUUCGGUGUUAAUGCCAUUAAGGAAUGUAAAAUAAAUGCAAAAGAGUUGCUAAACUCUAAUAUCGAAAUCUUGACUCCUUAUUUAACGUACUAUGAUACUGAAGCUAAAAAGAAAUAUUUGUAUGAAUUACCGAUUUUAAUAAAAAAUAUACAAUCUGAUGUAAACAACGACAUAUCUCAGUGGCAAUUAUCGAGAAAAUUUUUUACUGUAGACAGUGUAACUGGCUUUGCAGUUACUAGUUCAGGAAAUUCAACUUUUUUACGAGCACCUGAACCUUCUGCGAUACGCUACCUUAAAUCAAUGACUGUCCAGGUUAAAAUGCAAGGAAGAAAUGUACCAGGGAAGAUAUUUCCUCCUUUGAUUAUCAUCGAAUACGGAGAGGCGACUCAUCAAGAUGUGAUUCAAAAUACCGAACUGACUGUUGAAUAUAAAAUUAGUUUUACAUUGGCUGAAAAAGAAUUUAAAGGAGCUAUUGAAAUUGCAAUUGGAAUUUUUUCGAGUUUAGCAUUAAUCCACGCUGGCCUAAAAACCUGGAGAUAUUGUAAAAAAAAUUGUUAUUCAUUAAUCAAUGUAUCGACGUUACUUUUAUUUUUUAUUAAUUUAUUUGAAGCGAUAGGGAAUGCUUUAUUAUUUGUAUCGACAGCUUCGUGUAUUUAUUAUUUUAUUUUCUACAAAGGACAAACAGUAUUACAUAUUUUACUUCCGGAUGAUUAUUUUGAAUUGAUUAUUAAGAUAUCAACAAUUGUUGCGUUUGGUGGAAAAGUAAUCGGGGUAUUAUAUUUAAUAUACCGUCAUAGAAAUGUAAACAUUUUUUUUGUUGACUGGGAACAAUCACGACGUGUUUUAUCCCCAGCUAGCUACGACUCUCCACAUACGUCAUUAAGGAAAUCUUACAGAAAAAAAUUUUACACCGAACAUUCUCAAACAAUAUCCGAACUUGUUGAAUCGCGCACUAAAAAUUCAUCGAAGUCAAGUUUGAAUAAUACUAAUAAUAAUAUUAAUAAUUCCAAUGCCAGUUCUCCAAGUCAGCAAUCAAUAAAUCAUAGUAAUUCAUCAGAAGAAUCGUCAGAAGGCAAUAAAAUCCUUCUAAAUGAAAACGAUACUGAAAAUAUCGCAAAUGACAAAUGGUUAGUGAGUGUAUGGAGAAUUUACUUCGUUAUUAGUCAAUGGUUGCGCAUUAAAACUAAAAGAAAAACCAGCGUGUCUUUUCAAAUAUUUUCAACAAUUUUUAUACUUGAGGUAAUUGGACUGAAGAUGUUGGGCCUAGCAGUACCAGACAUGACUAUGACUGAAAAUAAACUUGUGGACCAUAAUUUUACAAUGCAGUAUGCUGUAGGAGUAAUAAUAUAUGUUGUUGUUUAUUUAUUUCAAUUAAUGCUCGUGAAUUUGUAUGAAAAAUACGUUAAGAAUAGUUUGCAGGGGUUUGUUGAUUUAUGUUCGGUCGCUAAUAUCAGUUUGUUGAUUUUUACUGAUGAUUAUUAUGGAUAUUACAUCCAUGGCAGAUCCGUCCAUGGAUUUGCUGACACAGAUUUGAUGAGUCUGAUAAGCGAUUUACAGAGAGAAGAAAAUAAUUUAUGUGCUCACAGAGGCCUUAUACCUGGCACGACUGAACAGACUUUUGUUGUUUGUAUUUCUAGAAAAUUUAGAGUUUUUUAUAAUGCUUUAUUGGGAUCAAUUAAUUCGAAUGCCAGAAAUUUUUCACGACGUCAUUUUUCAAAAUUAUCUAUGUGGAAUGAACGUUGUAAAACGCAUUUAAAAUUACGUAAAUUUUUAUGCGGUUUUUUGGACCAUUGUUAUGUUAAUAUUGAUUACAUAGUCAAAGAAAGAUGCUUUUUAGAAAAAUUAUGUGAUAUUGAACUGGUAGACACUACUGACAAGACUGUUUUUUAUAUAGAUAAUAACUACUCUUUUGAUACAAUCAUUUUCCACGGCAACGAGUGGGCAUUGGCGACAUUUGAACUAUCAACAUUUUUAUUUACCCUGGUCCUGGGGCAUAAUUACAUUCUAUCGGCAAUUUUUACAAUAUUUUUAUCCCAACUACUGGCGCUACUCGCUAAAUUCAAUCAAAGCGAAAGUAUUUCACGUAAAACUCUCAUCGACGAACGGUUUCUCAUGUAG